AUGGUCAAAAGACAUGCAGACCUGUCCAAAUUGGCGGGGAUUUGGGAGAAUGAGCGGAAGCUGCGCAUGCACGCAGCGCGUGGGCAGGCAGUGUUUGCCUCGACGGUUGCGGGGCAAACGCAAUGCUCAGGCAACCUGAAGGACUGCUCCGAAAACUUCGAGGCCCUCAUGUGUAUCUUAAAGCUCAUGCACGAAUGCCUCACAGUGGAGACACCUCCCAUCGACGGCCUCAGUGAUGCAUGCAAGGAAUUUCUCGAGAUGGCAAAUUUCCCUGACAAGUCAGCUUUGUUGUGUUUUGCGCACCGUGAUGCUUGGAGUGCCAAGCGAUGCUUGACUUUCUUGAGAAGAAAGUGGGCCCGCAACGAGAUUCCGAAGGACGAGAAGGUGAAGAAGUUGGUUGCGAUGUACGAUAGCAUCUGCGAAGCUGCACUUGCUGCAGGGCACAGCAUCAUUCGUCGAGAGUCAUCAGACGAUGACAUUUCGAUUGCAUCGCCGAUUGCCGAUGCCGUGGCUUCGAAUUCAGAGCCGGUGGCAGUGGAAACGGGAGCAGGGCCCCGGAUUCUUCCAAUGACCACAGCUGAUAUGCAGGCUAACCAGCUCUUCUGUUACGCAGGGCUUGUUCAAGAUGCUGAUGUUGGCGAGCAUUUGGCGGCAGUGGAAACUGAGGCUUCAGGAUCUUCGGGGCUGGUGGCAAUGGAGACUGAGGCUUCAGGAUCUUCGGGGCUGGCGAUGGCAGUGGAAAGUCGGGCUUCAGAAUCUUCGGGGCAGCUGGCAAUUGUCAGUGAGGCUUCAGGAUCUUCGGGGCCACCAGCAAUGGAGACGGAGGCUUCAGGAUCUUCGGGGCGACCAGCAAUGGAGACGGAGGCUUCAGGAUCUUCGGGGCCCGUGGCAUUGACGAGUGAGGCUUCAGAACCUUCGGGGCGGGUGGCAAUGGAAAGUGAGGCUUCAGCAUCUUCGGGUUCGCGGCUUGUGGCCACGACUAUGGACCAACGUUCAAGGUCUAAGGCUAAGGUGGUUCGCAAGGAUGCGUUGUGCAAGGAUGCAAUGUCAUCACAGAGGCAGGUUGCCCGACCACUCUUGGCCGAUUUGGAAGCCAAGCUUGCAAUGAGCCGGGCCAAGCUGAAAGCCCAACUUGUGAAGCUUUGCUGCGACAUGAUUUGUUCCUUGAGGGCUUUGUUGAUGAAUCGUAUGCCCAGCCUGUCUUUCAUGAUUGUAGCACGCAGACAUUUUGAUUUCGGUGUAUUUUUCUAUUCCAGGAAGCGUCACAUGGCAAAGACGGUCACUGUCACGAGAGCUGUUCCUGAAGUCAUUGCCGAUUCGGAUGACGAUGGCUCCGCUCCCCCGCUUGAGUGUGCUCCCAGUGUCAGUGUUGACAACCAAGAGACCUUGACGUAUGACCCGGAUACCCAAGCGCUGAUGGAGCCACUGUGGGAUGAGGAGAAGCUGAUCAUGGCCAUGAACUCCGGAACCGCGUCCCCCCCAAAGCCCCGGGAGCUCUUUCCAGAUACCAGCGCCCAGGGUUCGGAGGCCGUGCCACCUUCUUCUUCAGCCAAAGUGAACAAGGAGCACAAGUUCAUGGCUUUGUCCCCGCCGAGCAAAGUUCUCACCAGAAGCGAUCAGCUUGCUUUGAAGAGCAGCAAUGCCGCUGCUGAUGAUGAUGAGCAGGCUGAGCCUAAGAAGCGGGGCCCGGGCAGGCCGCGUGGAAAAGCACGUGCAGGCCCCAAGGCGUCUGCAAAGGCGAAAGCCAAGGGAAAAGCAAAGGCGAAGGCAUCUUCAAGCAAAGGUGCCAAGAAAGCCAGUGAGGCUUCGGAGGCACCGGUGGCUGAAAGCACCGUGCUCACGCCAGCUUUGUUGGCGGAGGAGAGCGCGUGGUUGGAGGCCGAGCCCAACGAUCAGCCGCGUGGCGUGAGGACACGCCGAGGUGGCUUCAAGAAGCGACGUUCUUUCAGGCGCAAAAGCAGCAAGGAAGCGAAGAAGGUGAAGUGUGCUACCGAUGCAGUGCCUGCUGAGUCAGCUGAUAACGAUGAGUCUGCAGUGCAUGCUGCUGAUGAUGCAGAUGGGGCUCCAGCGGGUGAUCACUCAGGUGGUGAGGCUGCCAAAGCCAAGGCCUCUCCGAAGGGGAAAGCCAAGGCCUCUCCGAAGGGGAAAGCCAAGGCCAGUCCGAAGGCGAAAGCCAAGGCCAAUCCGAAAGCCGGAGCCAAGGCCAGUCCGAAGGCCAAAGCCGAGGCCAAUCCGAAGUCCAAAGCCAAUGUCGGUCCGAAAGCCAAAGCCAAGGCGAGAGGCUGUCAGGCUAUCAUGGAGAAUGGUGGUGCUCUUUUGAAGCCUGACGGUAGCUUCGUGUUCGACUACCCGAAGACCUUUGCUGGCAGGUUCUGUCCGAAGACGGAGCAGAGCCAGGGGUGGCAUCUUUGGCGCUACAUCGCUAGGUCGUUCAUUGAGUUCGUUGCCCCCAACAUCCGUGACCGCACACGCAGCAAGAAGGAGUUGGAAUACUGGACCUUUGCCAAGAAGAACUUCGUCGAUGACGACAUUGACAUCUUCCGCCCCGGUGGUGAUGAGUUCUUUGCAGAGCAGGCUCAGUUCUAUGUCCGUGAUUUCAUUCUGCGCUUCGAGGUGUACAAGAUCGGAAUAUGGAUGGGCCAGUUUGGCUCCCGGUUCAGCCUGAAGGACUUCCGGAAUCGGCAAGGGAAGUAUCCUCGUGGCCUGGCAACGAGAUUGGUUCAGGUCUUCCGCUACCUCCAGUUGGACUUGCCGCCGGUUCCAGUUCGGGUUGAUGGGAGUACUGCUCGAGCUUGCUUUUCAGGGGCCACCUACAGUGAUGACUGUGGGGAUGCCAACCUUCGUGAAGUGGUACACUAUCUGUAUGGCUGCCGGGGGUUACGAAUUCCUGCUGAGUGGCGUCCGCUGAUACCAACCGAUAGUUAG